AGUUUAAUUCAAUUCAAUGUCACCCCAAAUGAUCUUCGUUUACAUUUGGGAACUAGGGUUUGCAAUCUAUGUUCCAAUCAUUUUAUCAUUCUACAAUUAACAAACAAAUUCAACUCUAAAUUUCAAAACUUUCAAACAUCUUAAGUGGGUUGUGCUCGUUUGCACAAAAAAACUCACACUAUGAAGAACCUAUUCACCCUCAAACUAAUCUCCCAAAAUCCAAGAAAAUUCGUCUCACAAACCAUACGAUCGAACCCACUUACCGUUCACCGGGCCACCAAUGUCACCCCACACCAUCACCACCACAGUUUCUCUCACUACACUGGUUAUGUACAGCCAUUUCGAGAAGCACCCACCAACUGUUUGAUGAAAGUCCUCUCAAACCCACUUGUUUUUAAGCGGGUUUUACCUGAUGGGUUCUUCAAUUUUAAAGCAUCAAACAAGUUGUUUGUGGAUUAUGGAAAGUUUGGAUCACUGAGAGAUCAAUUUAGAAGACAUAAUAUUCAAUUCAAUCAAACAGUUGGUUACCAAAAAAAUUGGUUGUCACAGUUCAGAAGGAGACUCACAACUGAUGGUGUUAUAAUAGGCCUUAUUGUAACAAAUGUAGCUGUGUUUCUGCUAUGGAGGGUUGCUGACCGUAGGUUCAUGAUGCAGAAUUUCAUGAUACAACUGGACAACUUUAAAAGCGGACGGUUCCAUACCAUGAUAACGUCUGCAUUCAGUCAUAUUGAAGUGGGACAUAUUGUCUCAAACAUGAUCGGGCUUUAUUUCUUUGGGAAGAGUAUUGGAUACCAAUUUGGGCCUGAAUUUCUGCUCAAGUUAUACCUAGCUGGGGCUUUUGUCGGUUCAGUCUUCUUCUUGGUGCAUCAUGCUUUUUUGGCCCCAUCAUCAAAGGACAGACGAAUGUUUGAACCCGACCCUUCAAAAGUACCAGGGCUGGGAGCCAGUGGUGCAGUGAAUGCUAUCAUGCUACUUGAUAUAUUCCUUAACCCUACAAAAACUAUAUAUCUCGAGUUCAUAAUACCUGUCCCUGCUGUCUUACUGGGGAUAUUUCUAGUUGGCCAUGAUAUGAUGAGAAUAUUGGAGGGAAAUAGUCAAAUCUCGGGAUCUGCUCACUUGGGUGGUGCUAUGGUUGCUGCCAUAGCUUGGGCACGGCUUAGGAAGGGGCGGUUUUAAACUUAAAUACUUUCCCACCCGUUUGUGGUGCUACGUCUAACCGUAUUUACUUUCAUAAACUGAAUGUAUCCAUUGAGCUUGUUGGGUGGUUGUAGGGCUAACAAGACAUGAUUAAACUUGUUUUAUAAAAAGUGCACUAUGUAGUUUUAUACAUUUUUUUAAAUAAUUAAAUUAUGAGGUUAGACGUCA